AUGUACAAAUAUAAUCAACUCUUUGAAUUAGAACCAAAUUUUAAAGCUGAUGAUGCUGAAAAAUUUAGAAGUAAUGCUACAGAGGAAUUAAUUAAUGAAACUGUAAAAUCAUUAGAAUCAAAAAACCAUAUAGUUCAUGUUGUUGAAGAUGAAGCAUCAGCAUUGGAAUUAAUUAAAAAACUUAUUCCAGAUGGUAGUUCAGUUAUGGAUGCUGGUAGUGUUACACUCGAUGAAAUUGGUUUCAAAUCCUAUUAUUUCAGUAAUGAACAUAAAUGGUAUAACUUACAUCAAAAGAUUUUAGAUGAAAAAGAUGGUGCCAGUCAAGGUGGUUUAAGAAAGAAAGCAUUGGCAUGCGAUUACUUCAUUAGUUCUGUCGGAGCUAUAUCAAAACAAGGAAGUCUUUUUGUGGCUGACGCUUCCGGUACACGUGUUGGGGGUUUCACAGCCUCAAAUAACGUAAUUGUUGUUGCUGGUGUUAAUAAAAUCGUUGAAUCUGAAUCCGAUGGUGUUAAAAGAGCAACUGUUUUCUGUUACCAAUGUGAAUCUGUUAGAGCAAGAAAAGCUUAUGGUGUACCAGGAAGUGUCGUAGCCAAUUUCACUCAAAUUAAUCACGGUAGUGUCUUUGGUCCAAAGAAUACAAAUAUUAUUUUAAUCAAGAAAGCUCUUGGUUAUUAA